AUGGACAAGGGUCACAUCCGGGAAAGCAUGAGCCCUUGUGCUGUUCCUGUUCUUCUUGUGCCCAAGAAAGAUGGGAGUUGGCGCAUGUGUGUGGAUUGCAGAGCCAUCAACAAUAUCACUGUAAAGUAUCGACAUCCUAUCCCUAGACUUGAUGAUAUGCUUGAUGAGUUGCAUGGCUUUGUUGUGAGUGCAGAUGGAGUCAAGGUGGAUGAAGAGAAAGUUGCUGCCAUUAGAGAAUGGCCGAGCCCUAAGACAGUGAGUGAAGUCAGAAGCUUCCAUGGCCUAGCUGGGUUCUAUAGGCGGUUUGUCCGUGAUUUUAGUACCUUGGCCGCACCUCUGACUGAAGUCAUCAAGAAAGAAGUUGGAUUCAAGUGGGAGAAAGCACAGGAGGAUGCUUUCCAGCUCUCAAGGAUCGCUUGA